AUGGAUGUGUAUGUCCAGAUCACAGGCCUGGACUCAGGAAAAACGCGCGGAGUCAAGGUGCUGCUCAAUAGUGGCUGCAGUACCUGUUGCAUGGAUACCCACUAUGCACGGGCAGAGAAACUGGAUAUCCAAGAACUUCCGCAACCCAUAGUGGCUUGUAACGCCGACACCACCAAGAACAUCAGUGGCCAGAUCACGCAUUAUGUCGACUUGAGGAUGAGAAUCAGUCCUCAUGUGGUGACCCGCACAUUUCUCCUGACGUGUCUAGGAAAGGCCCGGAUCUUCAUUGGUCUUGAUUGGCUAUGGUGCAGUACACUUAGUCACCGCUACUUUGUAACAACUGUAACUAGUCACGCAAUUUUUUAG